AUGAUAAAAAGCACACUCUUACUUAUUAUUGUUAUCUCUGUAACUGUCAUUAGUGAAGAAAACCAUGACGAUACCGUAUCUAUUCCCAUUGAUGGUACACAACAAAAAAUAAAUAUAGCAUGUCUAUGUACUGAAGAUGAACAAUGUGAUUCAAAUACUCGAACUUGUCGACUAACACAUCCUGAGCAUGUUUGUUAUGAAACUUGGACGAAAGAGAACUCUGAUAAUUCUAUUCAUCUUACGGCCGGAUGUAUCUAUAAUGAGUUCAUUAUUACACGAAUUAUGUGUAACGGUAAUCAAUCCGACCGAUUUAUUAUUUGUUGUUCAGAUAAAAACUAUUGUAAUGAUCGUGAUCAAUUCGCAAGUGAUAUACGAGAGACUCUUGGAGGAACAAAAAAAGCUAAACCUGAUUAUUUUUCAAAGCGAUUAAUGAUCAUUAUUAUUAUUCUAUCGAUUCUUUUACUUGUUGUGAUAUUUGUAUUUAUUGCAAUUCAUAUUCAACGAAAACGAAAUUCCUCGAAUUCUAAUCAAACUAGACAAUCGAAUAGAAAAUCAGGUAUACUUGUAUCAUAUUUGCCUGGUUCAAAACAUUCAAUAUCAAAUGGUGAUAGUGAUUCCAAUCCGGAUGAAACGCCCAGCAAUUCGAAUGAAUCCAGAGUUCUACUAUCACCUGGAAGUUUUGCAACUGAAGUAACAUUAGAGAAAAAAAUUGGUUUUGGCGCUUAUGGCACUGUUUAUCGUGGUAUAUGGCAUAAUGAUCCAAUCGCUGUAAAAAUCCGUCUAUCAAAUGAAGAAUGUUCAUGGAUACGAGAAGUUCAAAUUUAUGAGGACUUUCAUUUAAAUCAUCAAAAUAUUCUUCGAUACAUUGCAGCCGACAAUAUAGACUCUUCAAAUGGUAUGGAACUUUGGAUAGGUACAGAAUACCAUGAAAAUGGUUCUGUUUAUGAUUACCUUAAUAAUCAUACAAUAACAGUUCCGAUUAUGAUCACUAUGAUGUACACUAUCGCUGAUGGUCUUUUUUAUCUACAUAAAUCGAUCGUAGCGACAAAUGGGAAGCCGGCUCUUGCACAUAGAGAUAUUAAAACCAAAAAUAUUUUAGUUAAAGAUGAUUUAUCAUGCUGUAUAGCAGAUUUAGGCCUUGCAGUUCGAGAAAUUCGUCUAAACAGCAAUGAAUUGCUUAAUCAUAAUCAAGAACCUUCUGUUAUUGACAUAACUCCAAAUCGUCGUGUUGGCACUAUACGUUACAUGGCCCCGGAAAUCCUUGAUAGGUCAUUCAAUGGUCUAAGCUUUGAGUCAUAUAAAGCAGCUGAUCUUUAUGCAUUAGGACUUGUUUAUUGGGAAAUAUUACGAAGGUGCCAAACAACACCUGAAGAAAAUGAUGCUGAUGUAUAUCAAAUUCCUUAUGUAGAUGUUUUACCGAAUAAUCCAACGUUUGAGCAAAUGCAAGAAGUUUUAUGUAUAAGAAAAAUUCGACCACCACCUUCACCUCGAUGGAAAAAUCAUUCAAUUUUUAGUUCUAUAUUUGGUUCAUGCGAAGAACUAUGGGCUGAAAACCCAGCAUGUCGGCCGAGUAGUUGUGUGAUUAAGGAGCAACUGAGAAACUAUCGAAGUCAAUAG